CGGGACGGCGCGGAGAGGACCGGAAGCGCGGCCGGGCGCCGUUACCGUGACAGCGGGGCCCGGAGCCGCCAUGGAGGCCGCGGCCGCGCUCACCGACAUGUACGACCAGGCGCUGCUGGGGAUCCUGCAGCACGUCGGGAACGUGGAGGAAUUCCUGCGUGUCCUCUUCGGCUUCCUCUACCGCAAGACCGACUUCUACCGCCUCCUCCUGCGGCCCGGGGAGCGCCUGGGCUUCCCGCCCGGCGCGGCUCAGGCCAUGGCCCUCCAGGCAUUCAAAGUCUUUGAGCGCAUGGCCCGUCAGGAUGACGAGAAGAGGCGCCAAGAGCUAGAGGCAAAGCUAAGGAAGAAGGAGGAGGAGGAGGAGGCUGCCGCAGCUGCUGAGAGGGUGAAACUGGCCCCUGCAGCUCAGGAGGUUGAGGUAGAGACGACAGAAGAGCACGUCCCAGUGCCGGAUGCUGGAGGAGCUACGGGGACGCAGGAUUUGCCCGUAGCCCAGGAUGCAGCGCCCAGUCCUGUGCCAGUGGAGCCCCCAGGGGCUGCUGCCCCAGCAGAGCCCCAGCGAGCAGAACUGCCCACGAGACAGGAGCAGUUCCAGACAAACCCCGACAGCUACAACGGAGCUGUGCGAGAAAAUUACGCCUGGUCCCAAGACUACAGUGACCUGGAGAUUAAAGUGCCUGUGCCUAAGCACAUCGUAAAAGGCAAACAGGUGUCUGUGGAUAUCAGCAGUGGCGCAAUUCGCGUAGCGGUGCUGGAGGGGAACAGCCAGCACGUCCUCAUGGAAGGGAAACUCACCCACAAGAUCAACACAGAGAGUUCCCUCUGGAGCCUGGAGCCCGGGAAGUGCGUUUUGAUCAACCUGAACAAGGGAGACGAGUACUGGUGGAACGCCAUCCUGGAGGGCGAGGAGCAGAUCGACAUCGACAAGAUCAACAAGGAGCGCUCCAUGGCCACGGUGGAUGAGGAGGAGCAUGCCGUGCUGGACCGCCUCACCUUCGACUACCACCAGAAGCUGCAGGGCAAGCCCCAGAGCCACGAGCUGAAGGUGCACGAGAUGCUGAAGAAGGGCUGGGACACCGAGGGCUCCCCCUUCCGCGGCCAGAAGUUCGACCCUUCCAUGUUCAACAUCUCCCCCGGCGCCGUGCAGUUUUGACGGCGGCGCAAAGCAGCCAAGAAACGAAGUGGGGAGAGGAGAAACCCGUGCGGCCGCCCGCCCGGGACCCUCGCACCCAACGCUGGUGACCGUAACCCCCUCACCCGCUGCCAGUGCCCUUCCACUGCCUUUGCCACCCAGCACCAGCGCUGGGCUUGGCGGUUUGAUCUGCAUGCGAGGAAACCUGGUGAAUGCAGAUUUACGUCCCAUCACCAAGGCAACCCGAGCGGCUGGGACCCUUCUCCUCUCCUCGCCUCACGCUGGCGACGGCUCUGUUGUUUUUCCGGAAUAGACAGAGCUCAUUGGGUGACAUAAUUAUUAUUUCUGGCGGCUGAGGAUGCUUCUUGUCGGGUUCUGGGGGUGCAGAUCCCUCCCCGCCCCAGCACAGGGCAGCUUUGCCCCUCACCGCGGCUCUGGGUGCGGGCUGGUGGGAGGGCACACGGGGGGGAGAGCCUGCCCCCACCCGUGCCCUGCCUGCCUGCCACCCUGCUCCGAGGUCUCCAGUGCCACGGAGCUGGGGGGGGGGGGGGGGGUCCUCCCAGGGUCACCCCCCUUCAGCCCUUGGCCAGAGGGGGCACCCCCCCCUUGGCGGUGGGCAGAGACCCCAGCCAGCCCCCUGGAGUUUGCUUCCUCCCUUCCUCGGGGGGUCGGUGGGGAGCAGCGGAGCUGUCUCCCCCACCACCACACAGAGGCGGGGGGGGGGGGGCGGUCCUGCAGGGGCCAGCCCUCAUGGCUGCCAGCCCCCCCCCCCCCAUAUCACUGGGCAGUAGUCCCAGAAAUGUCUGGGCUUCCCUGGCAUGGCACUUUGGGGUCUGGGGGGGGGGGUGGGGGGGGGGGGAUGUGAGAGCCCUCGGGUCCCCCCCCAGGCCCAGCUUGGCUCUUGCAUCUUCCCCCCAGCCUGGGGUGUGUGGGCUGGGGGUCCCCGGCCAUCACCUUCCCACUCCCUCCCCCCCCCCCCCCCCCCACCUGCUUCCCCCCUGGUUUGCAAUAAACACGUUUCUCGAGCA